CUCUAUUAUUUACUUUUUUUGUACUUCCUCAGAAAAGAACCGCAAAAUAUAGUUACAAAGACAAAACUACACCUGUGUAGAUCUCUGUUGGAGCGAAUAACAAACGUCAACUGAGCAAACAGCUGGACAAACACUUGCUAGGAAUCUAUUGGGUCUCACUGGGUAGUAACACGUAUAUACUGGCGGCGAAAUCUCUUAUCAGCCGAGCCCAAGAACAAAAACAAAAGAAACAACAGGCGAGAGCGGUAAGGUGAGUUCUUAGAAAGCGGAAUCGAAUACACGCUGAGCAGGAGCAAACGAAAGCGCCGAGCAUUCGACGUUGGAACUCUGACGUGUCACUCGAAUACAUUCAACUGCAGCGCCACCCGGUUACGGCGGAUCGCAUAACGGAGCCAAAACAAUGUGCGGGUCUCCCAAUACGGCGGUGGGCACUGGAACAAGGGCCUUGAUCCUGGUGGGUGGCUAUGGCACCCGUCUGCGUCCCCUUACCCUCAGCACUCCCAAGCCCCUGGUGGAGUUCGCCAACAAACCGAUUCUCCUGCACCAACUGGAGGCCCUAGUGGACGCUGGAUGUCGUCAGGUAAUUCUAGCCGUCAGCUAUCGGGCGGAGCAAAUGGAAAAAGAGCUCAAAGUGGAGGCGGACAAACUGGGCGUAGAACUGAUCUUCUCGCAUGAGACCGAGCCUCUGGGAACUGCCGGACCUCUGGCCCUGGCUAAAUCCAUUCUAUCCGCCAGCACCGAGCCAUUUUUCGUCCUCAACUCCGAUGUCAUCUGCGAUUUUCCCUUCAAGCAGCUGGUGCAGUUCCAUCGGAAUCACGGAAAAGAGGGCACCAUAGUGGUCACUAAAGUGGAGGAGCCAUCCAAAUACGGCGUUGUGUUGUACGACGAGAACGGCUGCAUUAAGAACUUUAUCGAGAAACCGCAGGAGUUUGUCAGCAACAAAAUCAACGCCGGCAUCUACAUCUUUAAUCCCUCCGUGCUCGAAAGAAUCGAGGUGAAGCCCACCUCCAUUGAGAAGGAAGUUUUCCCGGCCAUGGCCCAGCAGCAGGAGCUGUAUGCCAUGGACCUGACCGGUUUCUGGAUGGACAUCGGACAGCCAAAAGACUUUCUAACCGGCAUGUGCCUCUAUUUGAGUUCGCUGCGCCAGAAACAGUCGUCAAAGCUGUACACGGGCCCCGGAGUGGUGGGCAACGUGCUCGUGGACCCCACUGCCAAGAUCGGCGAGGGCUGUCGCAUAGGACCGAAUGUCACCAUUGGACCGGGCGUGACCAUCGAGGAUGGAGUGUGCAUCAAACGGUCCACCAUCUUGAAAGGCGCCAUUGUCCGAUCACACUCCUGGCUGGACUCCUGCAUCGUCGGAUGGCGCUCCACGGUUGGCCGGUGGGUGCGCAUCGAGGGCAUCACAGUGCUUGGCGAGGAUGUGAUCGUCAAGGAUGAGCUGUACAUCAACGGCGGCCAAGUGCUGCCCCACAAGAGCAUCGCAGCCAGUGUGCCCGAGCCCCAGAUCAUAAUGUGAGCCCGAGGCGAGGACAGUUUCUGUAAAUACGAUAUUGUUUCGUUCAGUUGCCGGUUCGGUAUUCAAUGAGGGUGCCUUCAGCUUCAAUGUCACUGGAUGUCCUAGAGUUUAAGCCUAUGUCUUGCAAUAUUCACACGAUAAUCAGAUACAAUGAGAAACAUUUCCAACACCUAGCUUUGCUACCUAUACUUAUAAACUAAGGCUCAAUUUCCUUCUCCAAAGAAGGUAUCUAUAAAGUUUGACUUUUGUCUGAGCUUAAGGCCACCACCAGCCAGACCCUUUUCUACUUUGGUAAGUGGAGCAUAAGUUUAAUUUUAAUUCUAAAGUUUAGUAAAAAUAUACUUACGUACGUCUGUACGACAAUAAAUUAUA